GAAUGCACUACAUUAGCAAAGACACAUGACUUAAGUGGGAUCGUGACACCCCAUCUUAGUUGGCUAUAUCACUCACGAAGAGUUUAACUGUAUUCGUUGUAUAAGCAUGGAUGCCAAGCAUGGAUGACAUCCGACUCAGUAGAUUCAAGGAUGAUAAUCGCAGCUGAAUUCCUGUUUGCAACUUAUAGUGCAGAUCUUUGUCACGACGUGCACAAUGAUUCGCCGAAGAAUUGCUGAUUUCCAAUCAUAAGAGAUGUCGAGGUCACAUCCAGAGGUAUGAUAAGCGAAGGUACCUGCAUAAAUGUAACCCUUCCGGAAUGUGGUUCCGUAUAUGCUGCACUCAACCAAUAUUUUUCAAGUGCUCACGGUACAGAUUCGUAUUCGUCCGUGACCGACAGACACCACCCAUAUCACGGCCUGUAAGUGCUUGCAGGGUACAUCGUCGUCGUCGUCUGAAUUUCACCUCAAAUACAAGUCUCUACUCAUUUCGAUGAAAAUUCUAGCAGGACCGGUUCUAUACAAUACGGUAGUUUGAGUUCACCGAUUUCCUUCCAUAUACGGUCGAACUGGCAUGUAACGGACGAAUUUCGGUCUGGAAUGUGAAGCUGUGAAUACAUCGAAGUCAAAGCCCUGGUCCGACAUCUGAAGCCGACUCGGAUACGCCUUUAUCGCCUGCUGAUUGGAGCUCCAUCGAAUGGUCACAGCCGUCGAUGUUCCAAGCUCUCUACAAAAAUUAAGGGCCCCACACCCAAGUCGCUUAAGCCACUCCCAGCAAUUGAAUGCUUGCAGUCUUUGAAAAUUCCACUUGUAUGGUUGAGGUGAUAGCUCUCCGGAAUCAUUCUGUCCAUCAUUCAUGUUUUUCACUUUCAAGGUGUAUGUGCACCCAUAUACACGUUAUCGUUGCCUCGUACUCAAAUAUUUCCGUUCGCACUUUUACUUUUACAUCAAAACAUAUUAUCACCAGAUCCUAUACUGAGCAUAGGAAUCUGGUUCGUCUGAAUGUGUAUGUAUCGUCUUGCAAGGCAAAGCCAGGGGAGCGGUUGGUCUGCCCUGAAGAUGGCUUGCAAUUUAUCCAGGAGAAAAAUCUUAUUCUUAACCUUAACUUUGCAGUGCUCCAUUUCUAGAUCUCAGAAGAUCCAAAAGCAUCAGCAGUUGAGAAAGUAUGGGAGACGAAAGUCUAGGCAGCGGAUGUGAAGGAAAUCCGAGUGGAUUGUGUUGCUGGAUAUGGAGGCAAGCAACUUGCGGCUUUACAGGGACUCAACAAAUCAGUAGAUAACACCCCACGACUCCUGUACAUCACGAGGCAGCAAAGCCACUUUCUGGAGCAUGAAGCUGUUCAGUGUCUCGGAAGACCUCCGCUUAUACUGGAUAGAUAGCACGACCCUCGAUCCAGUCUCGAUGGAUCGAGCCUGCAGACCUGGUCUCCUUAUUCCAUCGCCUUUUCACUUCGAGACCAUCCGGAGUUUGAAAAUUGUCGACGAAAGUUCUCCUCAAGAGGACAAUUGUUCCUCAACCUUUGCAGUCGACAAUCAGGGCGUAAAGUCUGCGUAAUUUGUGCCUUGGAAAGCUUGCCUCUGGGCUGUAAAUGGUCACUGGCUUCACUUCUUACAACCAGCAUCUUCUUUUCCCACCUCCGACGUGUAUUUGAUUCAAAGAUGUGUCCUGCUUUUACCUCAUCACGCCGUGAUUUGUUCUCGAAAGCUAUCUUCGAGUACCUGAAGAGACUUCUGCCGAAAAUUUCUGGGCAGCAACAGGUACUGGGGAGCGAAGGAACGCUAACGCCUGUACUUGUCUAUCAGGAUGAUCCGUUCAGUGCCAAAAAGCUUCAAAGAGAAAGGAGAGCUUCGCAGAAUCAAAGCAAGACGCGCAUACUUUGUGGUACUUCAUUGACUGAGGCUUGGAACGGGACGGGACGUGACUGGACCAUCGGAAAGCAAACUAAAGGUGGCUACAUGAGGGAGGUACCUUCAUUGCAUACUUUGAAGUGCCUGUAAAAAGUGAUGCGAGCAAGACUGAUCCAUCCAUGACCAUGAGGGAAGCAUGUACAUGCGAUUAAUGCCAUGCAACUGGUACUGCUAUGUACUGCAAGGAUUUGCCACGAGCAAAAAUGGGGGAACACGAAUUGUACAAGUAAUUAUGUACAGGGACUCUUGUAGCCCAUAACUGUCUGAGACCUUUUCUCAUAUAUUCCAGACAUUGGAUUGGUCAGAGGCACCCGAUCGAGCUUCACGAUCCGCUUUGGCUGGUAUUAGUAUUCGUACGAGGGCAUCGCAGAUCUGUAAGGCACGUCAUGAAGUUGUACCUGUGCUACGUACAUUCGACAACUAACGACUCGCAAAGACCAUUCUCGAUUAUCGCCAGACUUUCCUUCACAGCAGAACAGUUGUGUUGAAGAAUCAGAGAGCAAUAAUUUUUUAUCCUAAAUGAAUUCUGCAGAUUUUGAAAUCACAGUCCCCCUUGCUAUCAGCAAAGCACUGCAAGAUCAAUUUCAAGUUACUGUGGAAAGGUUGAAGUUCAAAGUGUCAGAAAGUGAUCGGAAUUUUAUGUGAAGAAGCUGACUCCAUAAUGAGGAAAUUCAAAGUAGAACGAUAAUUUUGUCUUAUAAAUAUACGAGUGUUUCUUGUUCGCAGCCUAAGACUUCUUUCAUAUUUAAAUGAUUUGAUGGUGCAAAGUUUAUCGGAAUCAUCUAUGUAGCCUUCUGAUGAGCUUAUUGACUGCAUAAAAAAUUAUUUGGAUAACGGGCAAACGACGAAGAACUCGUUCUCCAGUCUGAAGACAGGAGGAUGGUCCUGCUAGAGUGAUUACAAAGUGAUCCUCAAAGACUUUCAUUGCCUUGAUCGUGAGAUGCCUGUCCUUGGAGUGGUGGCUCAACUUCCUCCCAGUAAAAACGAUGGAGCGCUGUUCUUACCGAUUUGAACUCCUCACCUUCUCUUUUCCAUGUAAGGUUGAAGCAUGCUGCCCUUAGACGCCAUGCGAACGGGAGAUCGACGGGAGCUAAACACGUCGCCCAAUUCUACAGAUUCUUAUGAAUAGGUGUGACUUCACUUAUAAACUGAUUGACCGCUCGGCAUGUCAAUGUGUCAGGAGGUUGUGCCAGGAGGUUGUGCCAGGUUCUCAAUCCUGUUUUGGGGAUGAUAGUUGCUAAUGUCUGGGAUGGACAUCAACCGGCGGAGUUUGCGUGAUAUAUUCAUACCAACAGAACAAAAUAAUAAUUUACACGUAAACUACAGCAUCCAGCUCUGCAAAUUUUGUACAAAGGGAAAUGUUCAACUAUGGUGGACUUCGGCUCCAUGCUCCAAGAUUUAGUAUGGUCAGGUCUGGAACUUCAUAGCAAAACAGCUGUAUAGUAAAGCUUUUCCAAGAGUUCAUUUAAAGUAUUCUAGUGUUGUGUAGUGGAACAAAGACAGAAGUUGAACGCCAGUAAUUUGGAGACAAUAUUUCAGUCUCCUUCUCAUCUCUAGACCAACUCUUUUAGCAAUUGUACUGGUGAUGUUUCACUUCAUGAGCUUCUAUCAGAACCGAAUGAAGUUGGCGAUAGAAGCUGACCCAACCUCACUGGAUUUGGCGCGGAUGUUUACGCUUG